AUGACACCCUCCGAAGAAAGAGCAUCCAGUGUCAACAGGUUGCGUUCACUGUUCGAGACCAAAAACGACAGCUCCAGCUCGCCCAACGCCCGCGGACGCUCUCCCGCUGGUCUCGGAAGCGACGACAGCCGACCCAAAUCGAAGGUCAGAGCCAGCUUCUUCCCCGUCCACUCUCCGAACCGACUGAGCGGUAUGGCCUUACCGCCUGAUGCUGAGGCAGACAAGUCGACUCUGCCUGAGCCCAAUCGCGACCCAAGCACCGGCAGGCGAUCGAGCUUCAGCGAAGACAAGGAUAGUGCCGUUGCCGCAGCAGUGAAAGGCUCCGUCCAUGCAGAGCAUGAGAGGCGGAAGACCAAUUCUCUUGUGGCAGGCACGAUCCCGGAGGCAGUUGUAGAGAUGCCACGGGAAGAGAAGAACAUCGAGCUCGGCAAGAAGCAAGAAAGCACAGUCGAUGAGCCGGCAGAGAGCCCUGACAAGCAUGUGACUGGAGCAGGAGAGGACCCAGCAGAGAUAAAGCCUGCGCCCGUGAGCGGAGGAGGCGCAUUACCGCCAGCUGCUGGAGAUUUGCGAAAGCGAGGGGCAACUGCGUCGAAAGCUUCAAGCAAGAGCAGCAACGGCAAAGCAGAUGCAAAGCCGCCAGCCAUUGCCACUAAGGGUGCACCGAGGCCGUCCACAAGCUCCGUGAAAUCACCGCGCACAGCGUCGACAGCUUCUGCGCCCCCGCCAAAGGUGCCAACCAAGAAGACCUCUCGAAGCUCGCUGACUGCGCCGACCGCUGCUUCCGUGGCUCGAGCUGCUGCUGCCGACAAAAGCACUGCCGCAGGAGUAAAGCAAUCGUCUGCAUCCAAGCCCAAACCACGAGAGACUACGACGCCGCUAAACAUCUCUUCACGGCUCACGGCGCCAACGGCAGCUUCUCGCGCUAAGUACGAAGCUCCUGCGGCUUCUGAGCCAAAGUCGACACCAAGUCGUGCGAAAUCAACUUCUUCAACGAGAGCGACACCAAGGCCAUCUCUGGGACGGCCGCAAUCUCGCAACUCGGAAAAUGAGACGAAGAAAGCGGGUGCGCCAGUCUCUGGCAGCUUUCUAGAGCGUAUGACUCGACCAACCGCUGCAUCAUCGGGCCGGACACAGAAAGAGGCGGAGGUUAAGAGCCCGCCAAAGUCGCAGAAAUUGCCUCACAGGCCGAAAGCCAACGGACACCCAAAAAGUGCAGCAAGUCCCUCUGUUGCGACUCCGGAUGAGAUUGAAGCCGAGACAACCUCGGUAGAAGAGCCAUCUGUGGUUCCAGAAGACGAGUCCCGAGAGGAGGCGGUUCAUUCUGCGGCCCAGUCAGCAGUCGAAGAUGUUGCUGAAGAGCAAUCAGUUCCGGAGGCUGUCACACCAGAAGCUGCCUCUACUACUGCUUCUGAGCAGAUGGAAGGCAAGUCGAUGACUGUAGAGGUUCCUGUAGGUGAAGAGACACCCGUCCCGAGCACCAAUGGCCACGCAGAGGACCCGCCAGCACUAGAGAGCACGCCGGCAGCACCGGCAUUCGAAGACUCAAUUCGCUAGAGGCGUCGCAAUGCAUUCCAUAGUUCUGAGAUGGAUGCCAUUGAGCAGAGUCUGUCCAGCCCCCGUCGUUCGAUCAGUCCGCUCGUUCCUUACGAAGAAGCUUUUCAAAACCGCAGGAUUCGAGAACAGCGACGGAGUGAGACGGUACAUACGGUCUCUUGUCCGCUCACGCCCCACCCGAGGAUCACUUCCAUACCUCAUACUUCUCUCGGUGGACUAAAUCCGGCUUCCGAAGGUCGACUACUGCCAACUCCAAAGAGAAUUGCAAGUUUCAAGAGACUGAACAAGGUCAAAAAUGGUAUUUCUAAACCGAGCGGUUUGGACUGAGGAGCGAGAAACCACAAGAGAUGUGUUGUUGUUGUCACUGUCAUUGAACUCCAAUUCAGUAUUGUUUGCGCGUUCUGCCUGUUUCUACUGAUUCGACAGCUAGAUACCACCCGCUGAGUUAGCGAAGAAAUUUAUUCAAGAUUAAUUG